CACCUUCAUUGCGGCUCUUGACAUGCUCACAUACCACAUGAAUAUGCGUAGACACAUUGAUGCUGAUAAGUGUAUGUUCGUUAUCGCUUCAGCAAGGCUCGCAAGCGCGUCGGCUAGCUUCCCCAGCGAUAAUUCCGCUCUUUUCUUGUAUAAAUACAAGAUUGCUACAUUAAAUUAUGUAUCCGUUGCACAAUGGCCAACUAAGCUUGAUCAUUUGAGCGAGUGCAGUGCUUGAUGUCUAACCAACACUUGUAAUAACUCUGUACAAGCGUCUCAACGAUGGACAACGACAAGGUGACUGCAUUGAGCUUGGUCGAUAGGUCGGAGAUGACUGGUUUUUGCCAGCGCAAACCCGACCCAAGCGGGAGAACUCAGUGGAAGCAAUGGAUGGGCAGCAUCACUGCAACGAUGUCGAUGAUCUCCGCUGGCACUGUCUACGGAUGGUACACGAUAUGCAUUUCCCGUCUUAAAAGUCCUGAAGCUCCGGUACGUUUUUCGUCUGACGAAGGAGGCUGGCUUCUGUCUUUGACUGUUGUGGGGUCAAUGAUAGGGCCGUUCAUCGGAGCUGCUAUGGCUGAUAGUAUCGGCCGCAAGAAGACCCUGCUAAUAUCUACUCUAUACUUUAUUAUUGGCUGGGUAAUCGUGGUCUUCGCCCGAAACGUGCCAACCUACUACGUGGCUAGGCUGAUCCUUGGCAUUGGAGUCGGCGUUUCGUACACGGUAAAUCCGAUGUACGUUUCCGAGGUUGCCGACGUAAACAUUCGUGGUGCUCUUGGAACACUGAUAGCCACGAACGUGUUCACAGGUUCAUUAUUCGCCUGUGUAGUCGGGUACUGGGCGUCCAUCCAGGUCCUCACAGUGAUACUCCUUUCCGUCCCAAUUUUAUUUUUGGCAACAUUCAUCUGGUUCCCGGAGAGCCCGUAUCACCUGGCAGCGAAGGGACGAUACGAGGAGGCUAUGGCAGCCAUCAAAUUUUUCAAGGGGAUCCAGGAUGACGUGGAGGUCAGGGACGAGCUCGACUUGAUUUUACAAAACAUAAACGAGAACAUAGACGAACAGAGCUUUCGGGAAAAGCUGUCCGAGCUGCGUUUACCCAACAAUCGCCGGGCUCUUUUCAUCGUCAUCGGUUUAAUCGCCGCCCAACAACUGAGCGGGUCCUUCACCACUACUUCCUACCUGGAGGAUCUCUUCAAGGACGCUCACAUAGCCCUCGACGCCGACCUCGCGACUUGCAUCGUCUUGGCAGUGAGUCUGGUCUCCUGUACCUUGUCCACGUACACGGUGGAGAAGGCAGGCAGAAGGCCACUCCUGUUUGCCUCUACUCUGGGCACAACCACGACUCUGGGUAUUUUGGCGACUUACAUACUCCUGAAAACCCGGACCUCGAUCGAUGUUUCGGUUGUAAACUGGAUCCCAAUUCUGGACGUAAUACUUUUCCAAAUCGCGUACCAAAUUGGCUUGGGAACCCUGACGAACUCUUUGAUCGGUGAACUUUUUCCAACAAACGUCAAGGGCAUCGCCGGCGCCACAAUCACUGUUACCGACGGUAUUUUGGGAUCCACUAUUUCCAAGCUUUAUCAAGUGAUCGGUGAUAUUCUCGGGAUACACGUCGUUUAUUAUUUUUUUACUGGCUCCUGCCUUCUCGCGUUCUUCUUUGUUCUUGCGUUUGUACCAGAAACUAAGAACAAAACAUUUGCUCAGAUACAGAUUGACUUGGGUGAUAGGAAACUUCAGUGUGUUAAGCGAAGAAAUAAAGACUGA